AUGGAGUGGGCGAGAGCCAAAACAGACGACCAGAAUGACGGGUCUGGCUGUGCUGGGAUUUACGUGUCUGGUUUGGGGUUUGAGUGCAGUGCAGUGCAGCGAUGUCCCUGCUCCUCCCCCAUUGUUGCCAAGAACACAGUCUCCACACCCAACUCCCCUCCUGUGGCUGUAUACCACGCCCAGCGGGAGGAGGCUGAGGCACCACCUGCACCUCCACCGGUGAAUCUGUAUCACCUCCAGCGGGAGCAACAGAAUAAAGAGACAGGCUUGGUGCGCCCUCUGGAACGGGAGCUGGACAUCCCGUACAACCAGUUGCCUGACUCCUCCCUGCUGGAGAACAUCAUUUACGACCUGCAGUCGAGUGGAGGCCUCACAGCACUGAAGGAUGAAGAUCUUCAAGUGUGUUUCAUCGACCACUUCGUUCGGCCUUUCAUCGUACCCCGAGAACAGCGCAGGUUCUACACACACGCCUUGUCCUCAACUCUGGCGGAAAAUGAAGACGACCACAAGGCCUUCAAGUCCAUGGUGGGACAGCACAUCUACGACCUGUGCCGAGGGAUCAGGACUUACUGGCUGGACAGCAGACUGCUCUUUGAAUAUGAAACCACGUGCAGUCCGUUGCCAGAACCAGAGGCAUGCCUCCUGCUCUUGGCUCCUCCAGUGGCAUCAGGGCGCCACCCCCCGUUGCCCUGUAUCGUGCACUGGCCGCGCAGCCACAGGUACCCGUAUACGCUGCACCACCCGCUCUGCCUGCCACUCCAGCCCCGGAGGUAAAAGCCCCACCACCUGUGGCUGAAUACAGAUUGCAGAAUCCAUAGACGGGGUCGUGGCUGCUAUGUUGUAAUUACGCACAAAAUUGUUUUUCCUUCCUCUUCCUUCACAACUGACGGCUCCGGUUUUAUUCUCCACGACAAUGUAAACAGAUACCGGUUUUCAGUUUGAUUUGGAGUUUUAAAAAUUCACUACCUGUUUUCUCUUUGGAAAAAUGUAUUAGCGUUUGUGAUCAUCUUAUUCAGAGUUAAAUCCUUUAUAACUAAUGGUAACGUGAUUUGUUUUUGUGACUAUGACCAACCACAAAAAAAUUCUGUGCUUGUGUGUAGUUUUUUUCAGCUUUUAGUUUGAUAUUUUAUUUGAUGUUGAAAACUUUGUAUUUUAUUCAUAGCACAGGGACAAAAAAUACUAAUAAUCAUUCGGCAGAUCCAUUUUGUUAGAAAUAAAUCUUCAGAAAUAGACAACUAUGUGUACAAUUAAUGGAAAUAUUUCCUCUUUUAUUAAUUCUGAUGAAUUCAAAUUAAAUCUUUUUCUAUAAA